AUCGUUUUCUCAGUUGAUAAAAUACACAACAGUGAAUAUAAAUAACGGCUGUAAUUAUCGAGAUCUUAACUUGUUUGAUAUCAAAGGGGAUUCAACAUUGAAAUUUGUUAUUUGUCAGUGAUUAUUUUCCUUGGAAUCGAAAUCAAAAAUUAAAAACAUGGAAGAAAAGAAGAGUCCUGGAGUAACUUACAUUGAAAACUCGAGUAAUUUUCAAAUUGGAAACAGAUAUUACUGGUCAGAGAUUAAUAACAUUCUACGCAAUUAUAAUAGACAGAGAAGUGAAGAAGUUGAAGAUGAUGAUGAUGAUAACGAAGCCCUAAUAUCUCUUCCAGAUGAAUUGAUCAAAUCUGAGCGAAAAAUAGAGGUAGACGAAUUUUACGUAGUUGCAAAGAGAAUAUCCGAUAAAUGGAAGAAAUUGGCGCGUUUUCUGCCUCCAAAAAAUGUAUUCACGGAAGGAGAAUUAAAAAUACUGCAAAAUGAUAACAAAGAUAAUCUGGAGGAGACUAUCGUACAGAUGCUGAUUUUAUGGAAAGAAAGGCGUCCAGAUUUAGCCACUGUUGGCAAUCUUGCCAUAACUCUUCAGUCCAUAGAAAGAGCAGACAUUGCAAUACUAUUACAUCCAUAAUAUUCACUAUGAAACUCGUAAUGAAUAUUUUGUUGUGAAUACUUUUUAAAAAUAACAAUAAUGUCUUCACCAAAAAA